AUGGCCGAUCUGGCCUGUGUCUUAUGCUUGCUAAUUUUAUUAGGAAUACCUAAAAAGGCUAUCGAAAACUUGACUUCAGGGUAUUCUAAGUUAAACUAUGGCUUUAGACUAGAUAGGGGCAUGAUAGACUCCUAUGUCGAGUACAGUAUUCUAGAAUGCGUCGGAGAAUGUCUCCGUACAACUCGAUGUGACUCACUGAAUUAUUACAAAGGAGCAAACUACUGUGAACUUAAUUAUGAAAACAAGACCAGUGUACCAGGGAAAUUUGUAGAGAAUGAAGGAUGGAUCUACAGCGAAAGACAGGACUGGGAGAAGGAAUUAGCAGGACCGUGCUCCAGUAAUGUCUGUGAAAUCAAUGAAAAAUGUAUCAACGUCGGAUGUAACACUUUCUGUCAGAUAUCAGAUUGUGGGGACCCUUUCACCACUAGGAUGACGUCAGACGUCGUUGAGCGGUGGGACGGUAUUGGUGUGCAAAGACGAAUACAUGUCAAAUGUUCUGAUGAGUACCAGCAAAGCGGAAGUGGAAUAUUUAUAUGUAACAGAAAUGGCAAAUGGAACAGUGACAUGAGUUGUAAUGGGAAAAGACUAGGAUGUUUUAAAGACGAAUUUCCAAGGGUCUUUGAACCUCCGGAUUUUGUGAGAUUUUAUAAUACAAAUAGUCUCACUUUUUGCACUAGGCACUGCUUUGGAAUUGAUAAAGAAUUCAAAUAUAUCGGACUUCAGGCUGGCUAUGCAUGUUUCUGUGGCCACCGUAUGAGGAAAUGGCCAAAACUUCCAGACGAUGAGUGUAACGUUCCCUGCCCUGGUGACUUAAGUCAAACAUGUGGAGGGCCGAUGAAGAAUGAAAUAUUUACUGUCUAAGAGGAAUUGGAAAACUUUGGGAAUAAGGCUCUCUCACCAGAUAAUAAGAGUCAAACGUCGAACUUAUUAAUGAGAUAUUUUUCAGAGGGGAUUAAGAACGUUUAGUGCUUUUCCAACUGUAUCAAUAAGGGUUGAACUAUUAAAAAACUUCCCACCCUACUGUGAUGUCAUAGAUUAAAACAAAAUAAGGAAAUUAUAUUCAUAUCAAAGAGAAAUAGAUCUGUCGGUAGAUUUCUUUCCAAUUGCUUAGUGAAUCAGAAGUCUCUGUCGAGACUGUAACUUUACUGGUUUGUACUUAUAAUAAAGGAAGAGAAAAGUAGCAGUUGGGACAUAAAACUUAACAAAAGCAAUAAAUAGAAUAAUGAUCGUUGAAUAAGUAUCUUUUAGUGGCAAUAUUGCAAGAAGACUACAACUGUAGGAGUAGCUUACAAUAAAAUUUUACAGAAGUAG